CAACUUGCCUAAUAAUUCUGCACUCCCUGUAGGUGUGAGAAAUCUGGUCUGGUUAUCAGCAUCACGGAAAGCUACUGAUCAUUUUAUUAAUUUAUUUCUCUAAUUCCUUUAAGACCUGGAAAGUAAAAUGUUCACCUUCCCAGAAGCGACAAACACAGCUCACACGAAGCUGUUAACAACAAAACAAGAUUUAAGUGUUGUAACUGUUUGUCUCAGGUAAUGUUGAAUAUGCAAAAUCAAAUAGUAAUAAUAAUCAUCAUCAUCAUCAUAAUCAUAAGCAUCAUCAUGUAUGUCAGUGUCUUGUCAUUGCUUACAGAUCCUUUACAGACCUCAGAAGAGGCCACGCUAUUUUCUCUUUGGCAACAUCGCUUGCUUCCAAUGACUUUCUGAUAUUCAAACUAGAUGCAAGUGAUUUGUUUGAUCUGUGGGUCAGGGACAAAAAUGCUGAAUUUGCAUUGCAAGACUAGCAGCUGAACACGUGGAAUGCGAUUUGUUCCACUUGGGAUGCUACCUCUGGAAUAAUUCAGCUGUGGGUAAAUGGAAAGCCUUCCAGCAGGAAAUUCGUCAGCUCUGGAUUCAACAUCAGUGAACCCAUGUCUAUUGUUUUAGGACAGGAACAGGAUUCCUAUGGUGGAGAAUUUGAUAUUAAUCAGUCCUUUAUUGGCAUGAUAUCUGAUGUCCACAUGUGGGACUACACCAUGUCUUCCUGUGAGAUCCAAAAAUACUCAGAUGAGCUGAGCUUCACUCUGGGGAAUGUGCUGAACUGGAAUGCUCUGGAUUUUCAGAUAACAGGAAGAGUGUUGAUAGAAGACAAGCAAUACCGUUACUGUUAAUACUGUUAAUACCAAUUUUAUGCCCAAUGUAAAGAAUUUUUCCAAUCUAUACUAUUAAUAUGUUACACAAUAAAAAUGGUUUUAAAGCGUAUAUUGCAUUUUUUAUUACAUAGUUUGGAGUUUUCAAAGCUGGGCUUUGUGUGUAAUGUAUUGAUACGUACCCCUUUUUCUUCUCUGUUUCAUUUGUAAGAAUGAAAUGCACACUUUUGUGUCACUUAUAAUUGACAAGAUUGUCAAAACAGACUCUACUCCGCAUACUCUAACUUAUUUCUAUAACCCAAAGACAUGAAUGUUAGUGACUGUUGAUUCAAACUUCGCUAUAGGCGUGAAGGGGAAGUUUUCAGAUUCCUUGGAUCUAAUCCCGUAAGUUGUAAACACACGUGCGGGAAGUAGGAACAUGGAAAUUUACAGAAACAAUGACUGCCAUAAAAAAUUAACCAUUUACAGCAGCAGCCAUGGUAUUAAAGGAACCAUUCUGCACUGUUAAAAAACAAACCAUUCACAAAAGGACCCAGAGUAUAGAAGGCUCUAUCCUGACACUGUAUCCAAGAUGCUGCUGGUGCUUCUACUGGUGAUGCUGACAUCGUGCACUGCAAUCCCUCAAAAUCUGGCAAAUAAAAUAUUCACCUUCCCACAACAAACCAAUACAGCUCAUGUGAGGGUGACUACAUCAAGACAAGAUCUGAAGGCUGUAACCGUGUGUUUCAGGUCCUUUACUGACCUCAAUAGAGACCAUUCCUUGUUCUCUCUGGCUACACCCUCUGCUGACAAUAACUUCCUGAUAUUCAAGAAAGCUGCAAAUGGCUUAUUUGACCUGUGGGCCAGGGGCAAGUCGAAUGCAGUUGAAGGGAUUGCCUACAAGUUGAACACAUGGCAUUCUAUUUGUUCCACUUGGGACGCUACCUCUGGACUCAUGCAGCUGUGGGUCGAUGGAGUCCCCUCAAGUAGAAAAUUCACCAGCUCUGGAUCCAACAUCAAUGGACCCAUUAUCAUUGUCUUAGGACAGGAACAGGAUACCCAUGGUGGGGGAUUUGACAUCAAUCAGUCCUUUGUUGGGAUGAUGUCCGAUGUCCACAUGUGGGACCACACCCUUUCCUCCUGUGAGAUCCAGAACUACUCGAAUAAUCUGAGCUUCACAGCAGGCAAUGUGCUGAACUGGUAUGCGUUUGAGUUUCAGACAGUUGGAAGAGUGCUGAUAGAAAACAAACAAGAGUUGUGUCAAUAGGCAAGAAUUCUGAAUUCUUAUAAGAUUUUAAAAAUCAAUAUCUGAAGUUGGAUUUUAUGUUUAAGUCAAAGGUUUAAAUUUAAAUUUUCUGAAAAAGUACAAAAACUUUACUGUCUAUGUGUUGCAAUGUAAAUGUAUAUAUCUAAAAUCAAGUCUUUUUUUAAAGAAUUUUCACUUUUCGACACUAUUUCUUUGUUUUUUAUAUUUGUCUGAUAAUUUUUUGGCGUAACUGCACUGUUUCUUUGAUCUUUUUGUUGUAUAGUGAGUGUUGCAUUACUGACGUAAAAUUUUACAGCAUAUUUUUGAAAAUGCUCAGUGUUGAAAUAAUUUUUGACAAAUAUGUUAUCUUUUUAUACAUAUAACAAAUUGUGUUACUGUUUUCCAUUUCAAUUAUCUAUGUAUGUUUUUUUUUACUAAUUGUGUACUGGAGGCAUGAUCAAAGCAAGAAGUUUUGCUUUUUAUAAUAACAUUUAAAUUCUAUUCAAUAUGCAUUAAUUUCAUAUGUAUGUCUUUUGUAAUAGUAUGAUAAUUCAACACUUUUACUGGACAAUCGCAAAAAAGCAGGAGAACUGGGUGGUGUUAUAAACACCAUAUUAGUGGACCGUGGCCAGAGGUCUCAUUGUUGAAGAGUGCCAUGAAAUCAAUAUCCUUAGUAUCCUUAUUUUCCUAUUAUAUUGUUUUAUGUACUUUAAUAAUGAAGGCUUGUAGAGCAAGGCCACUUUUGACUCACAAAGUGCUCAGCCAGACU